UUGGUGCGCGGCCAGGAGCGCGCGCUGCGGGCGCAGGUGCAGCGGCUGGAGCGGGACGUGCGGCGCCUGUGCCGCGCCGCGGGCCUCCUGCUGACCCAGCGGGGCGCCCCGGCCCGGGUUCUGGGGGUUCUGGGCGCCCCCGAGGCGUCGGCGGAGCCGCGCGCGCCGCAGUUCAGGGCCGAGCGCAGGGAACACGAGGGCGCGGAGGAGCGCAGGCCGCUGGGGGCGCUGCCUGGCCGCGUGUCCGGGCUGCGGCUGUCGGAGAUUGGCCCGUGGGCCGGGGAGGCGGAGCUCGCCGAGCAGAAGCGCGGCCUGCGGGAGCAGCUGGUCGCCAGACGCUCCAGCCCGGCCACCCUGGGCUGUCUGCAGGCCGACUCUCCACCUCUGUCCCAGCAGCAGGACCCUAGCAGGACCCACGGCCCCCAGGAGGAGGCCCAAAGGCCUCAGGCCUCAGCAGGCCGGUUCUUGGAGGGACCCUGCACCUGCAGCUGCAUUGGAGGUGGACAGAGCCCCCGUGUCAUGGCGCCAGCCCUGGAGAGAAUGAGCGAGUUCCCGGGAGACUGGGCAGGGCCUGGCUGUGAACAGCUCUCUCCAGCGGAGCACAGCCUGGAUGGACAGCUGCUCGUCCUGGUGUGGGGCUGCCCCUCAGGCCAGUUUGUGGAAGGCUCGCUCCUCCCCGCCGACCUGGCCCGGAUUUUAGAGAGUCUCUUGGCUGCCCAGGAGCGCUCGGUCCCAGUGCAGGCGUCCACGCUCCCUCCCUGGGGGCUGGCCAGGGAUGCUGAGACCCUGCUGCUGCUGCCACUCCGGGAGGCGCCUCCAGAAAGGCUCCAAGCCCAGGAAGAGCUGGGCACCAGGCCCACGGCACACCCUGGCGGGGGCUGUCACCCGACAAGGAGCCACCAUGCCUCCCUCCACCAGGAGUCGCCAUGGACUUCCAACCACCCAUCUCUGAGGACGGGGCCCGGGAGUCUCCAAGGUGCCUGGAACAGGGGAGGAUGGACCCCAGUGGGGACAGCAGAGGACGGGGCGGCGAGGGGGACUUCUGACAGGGCAGAGGGAGAGCACGGUGACAGAUGGCAGCUGGGACAGGAAGGCUGCAAGGACCUGAGCCCAGGGAGCGUGAUCCAAGCCCCUGAGGCUGAGCAGGGUGACACUGGGGCUCCGGAUACCCUGGCCACCGCCUGCUGCCUGUGGCCCUGGCAGGAGCAUCCAGUGCCUCUUCUGCAGGGAGUGGCCCUCGAGGGUCCCCAGUCCCUGAGCAGGAGCGGGAGGGUGGAAGGAAGUGAUUGGGGCUUCCCGGAAGAGCUGUCAUCAGGAGAGGAAGUGGUGCCCCUGGCCACAGGCUCCAGGGCCCGGGGGACUGGAACGUCUCAGCUUGGUGAUGACCAGCUCACUGCGGGGCAGGGCAGGGCCCCCCAGAGGACGCUGCAGGACAAGGAGGACCGGAAGCGGUACUUUGGGAGUGCACUGCCUCUGCAGGAGGAAAGGGCACGGGCGGGACCAGAGGAAGAGAAGGCGCCGCCUGGAGAUGUGUCCAGUCUGGGCCGCAGCCGUGUCCCCGGGCAGCCCGGCCCUCAGGCGCUCGCAGGCCAGGAAAAGCUUUUCUGUACCCGAGAGCACUGUCAGCUGCAGCUUCCCAGCCCAGCUGUGCCCGCUGCCAGGUGUGAAGCCGCUGGUUCUCCCUGGGGCGAGGGACAAGACAGGUGUGCUCUGCAAAUAGAUGCAUUUGAGAGGGAGGUGGAGGCUUGUUUCCAGCAGCUGCACACCCUACACCUUGGCAGCAGGGGGAACCGGUGGAAGAUGUCUGCUUUGGCAGGAGAGAAUUGGAGCUUUGCUUCCCGAUGGCACAGCGGUGGGGAGGAGUGCGCUUAUUCUCAGCAGGAUGUGACAAGCCAGGGCUGGGAUGCCUGUCCUGCCGCAGAAGGAGAGCCCAAGGUGGGUGGCGAAGGUGUCAGACUGCAGGAGAACAGGGCCUCCUGCACCAGCGGGGCUGUUCCAGGGAUGGUGCCCAGUUGCAACACAGCCAGCCUGGGCCCUGCAGAGCCAUGGCCGGCACUGGAGAGGGCGAGGGACAGGUUUCAUCAGCUCCUUUCUGCACUGAAGGAGGAGAGAAGGCAGGCCGCAUGUGACAACGCCACACUUCCUGGUGACCAGGACAGAUGCCCUCGUAAAGCAUGCCACCUUGAAAAAGCGAGGGCGAGAGACGCCGCCGAGAUAUGCAGGCUGGAGCAGGUGAACCGGGAGCUGGCGGCGGACCUGGCGCAUCUGCAGGGCAAGCUCAGCCCGUGUCUGCAGGCCAUCUCCGACCUGGAGGCCUGCAACCGCGAGAGUUAUGGCAAGAUCAUGCAGCUCGAGGAGGAGAACGAGAAACUGAAAGGGGGCCGGGCACAGCUGCAGGAAGCCAUGUCUGAGCGCAAGAGGAAGCCUCAAGGGGAGACAGAUGGUGUCACCCUGGGAAACAGGGAGCUCAAGGUGCUGCUGUCACGGCUUGGGGCCAGGUAUAAGGAGCUGCUAAGAGAGGUGGAGCUGGCCAUAGAAGACACGCUGCAGGCCUUCAAGAGGGAGAAUGAGCAUCUUCUUCGCAGUGUCCGAGGGCUAGAGCGGGAAGUUGCCUUGCGGAUGAGCAGCAAUAUGGGGCUUUUGGUGUGCAGGGGGCAGCGCCCCCAGGGAAACACCACAAGGACAGGGGACAAGGUGCGCACUGCAGACAAAGAGGUGACCGGAGCCUCAGGGCCCCUGAUCCUGAGAGUCGGAGGGGCCCCCUUAGAGGAGGAAGUGGUUGUGCACGGAGGGCAGACAGGCCUCUCCUUAGACUCACAGGAUUCCAGAUGUGCUGCUACUUCCCCCACUUGGCCAUCGCUGGAGCAAUCAGAGGGACCCAGUGCGCUGCAAGGAAGCACUGAGGGGGCAGCAGGAAAAGAAACGAAUCUGGAAAAAGAGGAGAAAAGACUUGGUGUUCUGUGGGCCGGGGACGGCUCUGAGAGCCCCGGCAGUGGCCCCCAGUGCUGCAGGCAUUCCCAGGACUCCGAGGCCAAGGGGGCGGAGGAAGACCCCGGGCUGUGUGUCCAGCAGCUCCAUCACCAGGUGCAGACUCUGCAGUGCCAGCUGAGGGACCAGGGCUGGGCGAACCGGGAGCUGCAGGCCGUGAGGGACCAGGCUGCGCAUGAGCAGAGCGAGCUCAGGGCCAAGCUUGAAGAGCUUCAGAAAGAGCAGUGGGAAGCGCGCCUGGCUGUGAGUCCCCUGAAGGCCAAGCUGGCAUCCCUGGUCCAGAAGUGCCUCCAGAGGAACCGCCUGAUCAUGCACCUGCUGCAGAAGCUGCACAGACACGGCCUGGCCAGCCCGCUGCUCUCAGAGCUGGCGCACAGCAUGGUCCAGGACGUGGCGCUGGUGGAGUACGCAGCCACCUUCCUGACCCCUGGAGUCUCGGAGACCAGCCACCUGGACUUGGGCUCCGAGGACGCUGCCACUGCCGCAGGAAGAGCUCAGGAAUAUCUGCCAGAUUCCAGAAUGGACACUGUCCUCCAGAGCCCACAGUGUCCGGGGUCCUGGCCUGCCCCUGAGGCUGAGUGGCCAGCAGAGGCAGCCCAUCCGGCAUCUCUCAAGGGCCUGAGAGCAGCAGGAACCCCUUCUUGUCCUCGACUUGGUGGUGAUCAAGGGGCGCGUGCUGCUCUGGGCAGGAGGAGGCAAAGCUGUCCUUCAGCGAGUGCUCUGUCCAUGUGGAGAAGCCACAGGGCAGCCAGGGAAUCACCUGGAACCAGCUCCACAUGUCGGGAGAGAAGGCUGUCUCUGUCAGCAGACCCAGGAAAGAAGACCAUAGAGAGGCAAACACGUCCCUCUGGAAAAUGUGACACCCCUCCCACAUGACCUGUGGAGUGCAGGUGGCCCUGAGAUUUACGAUCCCUUCCUGGGAGCCAAGUAAAAGCCAAACGACCAUCAGCCUGCCCACACCACCUAUGGGAAAUGUUCCUACCUUGCACGGUUCCAACCAGGAGCCCAGGCAAUGCCCGUUGACCAUAAGAAGCUGUGUUUAUUGGCCAGGGCUGGUGGCAGGAAACCGGGGUCUGGAGCCCCAAGCACUGGGCUGGCUCUGCCUCUGCUAGGCCAUGUCACCUUGUUCAGGUUGCUCGGCUUCUCCAAGCAUCCUCCUCUCCUCUGCCUGCAUGAUGAUUCUGUUCUGUGGGCCAAGUGCGCUCCAGACCCGGAUGGUGCCUCGGGUACUGCACAUUGCCUCCUGUGGGGCUCCCAGCCUGUGCAGGGUAUUGUCUAGGGAGACAGAGAAUUCCGGGGGCUUUGGCAAGUUCUCAAAGGAGCCCAGGACCCUCUGUGGUCCAGCACCGCUACUGGAUGGGGUGUGAGUCCAUCAAGGAACCCAGACACCCAGCUCUGCCUCUAACUUGCCAGCCACUUCCAAGCCACCCCUGGCUUCUCCGGGCCUGUUCCUCACCUGGACAGUGGAGGUGGCCACACAGCUUCCUGGCCCCUCCGACACCUGAUGAGUGUGCAGCUUGUCCCUGCCACACCCCACGUUCUCGCCUGUUUACAGGGCCCAUGCUCACAAGCACUCUGUGGCCCUUGGGGAGGCAUCCUGCUUCUAGAAGACGCGGAGAGUCCUUCUCUAAACUUGUGCCGCUUCAAGUAACUUGUGUCCCACAGGUAACCACAGCAGCCCAAAGCACCCCAGGCCCGCAGCCCAUCUGAGCUCCUUCUGGCCUUCAGUUGAAGAGCAUCUCGGCCCCGUUGCUGGGAUAGACCUUUGGCAACCGCUCCCUCACAUUGUGUCCUGGGAGCUGCAGGACAGUGAGGCUGGCUACUGAGGGCAGCCAGGGAUGCGGACAGGGACAUUUGAAAUUCCAGCAUCACCCAGGAAGUCCAGGCGUAAAGCCGGCACUGCUGGCAAGACUUCUGUGGGCUGAUUUCCCCUGGUCCUUGCUCCUGCACGACACAGCUGAUGGUGGGAGCAGGCGGGCAGACAGGUCCACAGCACCUGGAGCUCUGGUCAGAGGGAGCAAGGACAGAGAGCCCCCCAACCCAAGUUGCUAGUCCAUGGCAGGAACGAAGGCCACCCUGGACCAGACCUGGCACACACACCUGUCCUGUUUGCCUUCCAUCUUUUCUUGUUCUUGUGGUAAAAUGCACCUAACAGAAAACUUGCUGUUUGGACCUAUUACGUGUCCAGCUCAGUGGCAUUAGCACAGUCACAUCAUUCUGUAGCCACCGAUCCAUCCACCUCCGGAACAUUUCAACUCUGUCCUCAUUAAACCCCAGGCCUUCUUACCCCUCCUCCAGAACGAGCAACCUCAUUCUGCUCUCUUUCUCUGUGAAUAUGACUGCUCCAGGGAGCUCAUCUGAGUGGAAUUGCACACAGUUCGACCUUUUGUGGCUGGCUUAAUUCAUUCAGCAUAAUGUUUCCAAGGUUCAUCCAUGUUGGAUUGUGGGUCAGAAUGCCCUUCCUUUUUUCAGGGUGAAUAGUAUUCUACCAUAUAGAUAGAUCAGAUUUUGUUUCUCCACUCCCUCAUCAAUUAGGGUCACUUCCACCUUUCGGCUAUUGUGAAUAAUUCUGCUCUGAAAAUCAGUGUACACACCUCUGUUGUGUUUGUUAAUAUUGGAAUUAAUAAGUUCAUCUUUCAAAACCAAAUGAUUUCUUAUAAAAUCUGGGUGUCUGGCUUCUCUUUGAAAAUCAGUGGACCUGAGAACUUUGGACCCCUGUCUUCCUGGCCAUGGUUGGAGCUGCGUGAGGUCAGCCCUCCCUCUCCUCUACAGGGCACCCGCCCCGUGGGCAUGUUCUCUGCUCACCACGUAAGCUGCCUGUUCCCUUGGCUAGGCCCUGGCGACACCUGCCCCGCUCCCCACCCUCACAUUAUGGGUGGUGAUGCUGAGGCCCAGGGAGGGACACGAGCCCCUCUUCAGGCUCCCAGGAUGACAGUGACACCACCGAUGUCUUCCACGGCCUGGACUGGUUCCUCUUCCAGCUCUGCCACCUGCCCAUCCCAGUGACCUGGGGCAGAGCCCCUAACUGUUCUGAACUUCGGUUUCCCCUUUGGCCAGGACGUGAGAGUGAUAGUGAAGACAGAGCGCUGGGUACCCACUGGGGCAUCUGAGGCAUGAACAAUGCACAGAGCAAGUCGAAAGUCAGUGGCCUGGUGUUGGGUCUGAUUCCGGAGCUGCACACGGGAAAGGGACCUGGCGCCUGAGAGCCCUGGCCUUCCCUACGUGAGGCGUGAUGUCAUGGGGACAGUCCAGCUUUGGUAUCUGCCACCCUGGCUCCAAAGCCCACCCUGCGCCGGCCAGAUCCUGUGUGAGCUGCAGUCCUCCGCAGGGAGAUGGGGCCACCGUACUGUCCUCUCCAGCACCAGGACAAGUGAGAACCCUGGGCACUUGGCACGUAGUCCAUGCUUGGUACAGUCUGGGUCUCUCCCUUCCCUUCCCCAGUAGGAGUCUGCCUCCUGGGUUAAAGCCAUGGCCUGUUUUCCAGGUAUUUCACAAUUGACGAGGGAGCAAGUGGCUUCCGGCUCCCCACUGGCUCACCCUAGGGGCACAGGCCACUCACCAAGUGUCAUUCACUCACUCAGCAACAGACACUAAGGGACGACCACUCAGCACCAGCACUGCAGUGGGCCCUGGGUCCUGGGAGAGAGCAGAACCCCAACCUCUGCCCUCCUGGAGCCAAUGUCCGCGGCGGUCAAGUGCUUAAGUGCUCCCUGCCUGCAGGGCCUGGCUCUGGGGUCUGAGUGAAGCAGGGACACGGAUGGGAAGGCACUUUGCAGACUCCUUCAUUCUCAUAAGUAUGUGGAUUGGUAUUGACUUCCACAUGCUAGAGACAAUGAGGUCAACUGGUGUCAGAGAAGAUUCGGGUUGAAAUCAGAAUAACAAGGAUGCAGUGUGAAUUCUGUGACUUGUUAGCUCUGAGACCAGUGAGAGCAACUUUCUCAGUUUCCUCACCUGGCAAGUGGGGUAACAAAUAUCUGCCUCGGCAUCUGCAGUGGUGUGGAUGGAUGAACCGUAUGGGAAAGCACCCCGCAGGUUCCAGUGUGCUGCAGACUCCAGUCAUUAAUCCAGUGCCUAUUUAUUAGGUACCUACUGUAUGCCAUUAAGAACAAGGUGAACAAGCUGUCUAAGGACAAUGUGGAAAAAGUCCCCAGGGUAAGGGAGGAAAGAAUCGCUUGUGAGAUGGCUGUACUGCACAUUCAUAGAUUAUGAUUAGCAACAGCCAGCGGGUUGGCAUGGCAACAUUCCCCCAUGAACUGCCAGGCAGUGCGCUUAAAAUAGGUAUGCUGGAGGUGUGGCGAGUGCUGAGCAGGCAGAGGCAGCAGGGCCGGACCGGACUGCUCUGUGGAUGGAGAAGGGCAGUAUACUCUGGGGUCAUGCCCUUGCCUGCUAACUGGGCUGCAAUCAGAGGUGAGAAACACCCACAGUGGGAGCUGGGGAGGGCCUCAGACCUUAGCGUAGG